AUGUCCUCCUCUGCUUCAUGGCCUCAUCUGCUCCAUGUCCUCCUCAGCUCCAGGUUCUCCUCUGCUCUAGCUCCUCCUCACCUCAGUAGCUCCAUGGCUGAAGCCAGCGUCCUAAUUCAGGCCAACUGGGGAUGGAUAGUGGUGUGUAAUGUGUCCCAGCAGACCCAGACCCUGACCCUCUGCCCCUCUGCCCCUCUGCCCCCCCUCCAGAUGUCCCACCUCUGGAAUCUUGAUGGAGUGGACACUCAUGACUCCUGCUCCGUCAUCCACAACUGUCCAGCACUGGUCACACUGGCCCUGGGGCAGCCCAUUAACAAAGCCCCCCCUACGGAGCCAUCAGCGCCGCGUGAUGACCGCUCCUUUUUCGGCCUGUGCGCACUCCACAAAGGGCCAUUGAGAGGCGCGCUCGACGUGGGCCUCAUAAACCUCCAGGACCACAAAGAGAGUGACAGUCCGGAGGAGCAGAGCGCACGGACGCCUUCUGCUGAGGCCAAGCACGUCACUCACAUCCCAGCUAUUGUGCCGGGUUAG